GAGAGAAAGGGAGGGGGAAAGAGAAGAGAGUGGAGUGGAGAGUGAAACCCUCGAACCCCUCUCUCUCUCUCUCUCUCCGAAGCUUCUUUCCGGCAGGUUCUUUUCCACUCUCCUCAUUGACCAUCUCCUGCUGCGGUGAUGGAAUUUGAUUUGCCGGAGGGAUGCGGGUGAUUUGAGUUCCGGUGGAGUUUGAGAUGUUGCUUUUGUCGUGUCGUCGUUGAGCUCCAUGAUCAGAAUUCGGAUGAAGUGAAUUGGGAGUGCGGGUCUAAACAACGAUGACGUCAGGGGAAUCCUCUGAACGGACAUCUGGAUCUGAAACGCACAAGCCUGGUGCACCAACAGGAAGCAAGUCUCGUUCUUCACUUUCUUUGGCAAAAGAGUUUAUCAGGAGACUUGCUGAACCUGAAUGCCUGACAGAGAAACUGUUGGAUUGGUUCCCAUCAAUUUCAGAGUAUUCAAACAAUAAAAGGAUUGUGCCCUUUGAGUUACAGGAGCUCCAGAAAUUUGAUUAUGCAUUGGAAGGUGUUUCUUUUCAGCAGCUCAUUCGAAUGCCAAAUGCUGUUUACGCUUCAACUUCAGAUGCUGUAGAAGCAAAGGCAUAUCUUGCACUUGAAGACUUCCUGUAUGCAGCUGCCAAGGGAUUGUGGGAGACAUUCUGGGAUAAGGAUGGGCCUAUGCCAUUUUUGGUAGGAAGUUUGCAUAGUUCAACUUCUAGAUUCUAUCCUGCAGAAAAAGUUAUUGCUAAUGGAAAAGCUGGAGGGCUUUGUGCGACUGCUUUACUUGUCAAUAAUGGUCGCCAUUCAUAUGGUAAAUGGGAAGAGAUUCUCGAAGUAGCAUUGCUGAGGUCUGACGUAGCAAGCCUCUCAUCGAAGAGUGAUCGUCAACCUUCUCCUUCUGUCCUUGGUGAAGCAUUGUUCUUUGCUGUUCGUGUGCUGUUGUCUAGAAACCUAAGCAGAUAUAAUCUUCUCUGUGAUUCUAACUUUGUGUACGUUCUGAUUGUGGAUUCCCAGUAUGGGGGAGUGGUUAAAUUGGAAGGAGAUGUACGCACAAUGGAGGUUGAUGUAAAUAAUGUUUAUGAAUGUGCGGCUGAUUGGAUAAUAAACCAUUCCCGCGUCAUGGUUUCUUCUGUUGACCGAAUCUGGAAUAAGCUUGGUAAUGCCAACUGGGGGGACGUUGGGACAUUACAGGUACUGCAUGCUACUUACCAUACUAUUAUGUUAACCACAGGAACGCCAAAGAAAACAUUUGCAGAUUUGGCUGGAAUUCAUGUUUCUCGUCUUCAAAAGCGAAGAAAUGAGAGGCAAUUAGUUGAGAUACGAGUCAACGGUAGUAGUUCAACUUCAGCACCGCCCCUGCAACAAAGUUAUUCAUCAGAAAUUGUUGAAGUGAGGGAUGAAUUGGUUGAAGUAGAACCUCAGGUGUCCUUUAGCCUAGAAGUUGGAUCCAUUCUGUGGAUGGAAGAUUCUAAUUGGAAGAAGGGUUUUCAGAUCAACGAGGCAUUACGAAGUGAUGAUGUUCCAAUAUACAGCUCAACCUCUCUUGAUGAGCCCGGGAAAUUGCUCUUGCUUUAUGUUGGUUCUCAUCCAUCUCGGUUAGGACCUUCAUGGGAGGAAAUGAACUUAUGGUAUCAGGUCCAGAGACAGACCAAGAUUCUCACCGUAAUGAGGCAGAAGGGUCUCUCAAGCAAAUACCUGCCCCAGCUUGUUGCAUCUGGAAGAAUAGUGCACCCAGGUCAGUGCUCGAAGAGUGGCACCAAUGAUCGCUGUAAUCACCCCUGGUGUGGAACCCCGAUCCUUGCCAUGUAUCCAGUUGGUGAAUUUGUAUCCAGCAUGGUGAAGAGGGUCGAGCUCACCCCUGAGGAGGUGCUCAGGUUGUCCCAUGAUUGCCUAUCUGCUAUCCAUGCAGCUAGCACUGCUGGAAUCCGGCACGGAGACAUUUGCCCAGAAAACAUAAUCUGUGUUAGCUCCGGAGCAAAGUGCCAUUUUGUUUUGGUUGGAUGGGGCCGUGCUGUCUUAGAAGAUAAAGACAAGACAGCCACAAAUCUUCACUAUUCUUCAAGUUAUGCCCUUCAGGAAGGGAAGCUGUGUCCAUCUUCGGAUGCAGAGAGUCUCGUCUACCUACUCUUUUUCUUGUGUGGAGGCUUGCUUCCUGAAUUAGACUCUGUCGAGGCUGCAUUGCAGUGGAGAGAGUCAGCUUGGUCUAAACGUUUGAUCCAACAGAAGCUUGGUCACAUUUCCACCGUGUUAAAAGCGUUUGCGGAUUACAUUGACAGCCUCUGCGGCACCCCAUACCCUGUGGACUACGAGAUAUGGUUGAGAAGGUUGAGCAGGUCCCUACAAGUUGAAAGCCACGGAAAGGAAGUUUUACAGAUGAAUGGCAGGGCAGAGUCAUCUGGAGCAACUGCAAGCGCAUCCUUUUCCUGAAAGCUGGAGAUAGUUAAUACGAUGGCUUUUCGGAAAGCCAUCUAAACAUAAACACCCUGUUUUUUCUUGUGAGCUUUUUUUUUUUCUCUGAUUGCUUGUGUACAGUCUCCUGUAAGAUGGGGGAUUAGAAAAUCACCUACUUUUACUGCCGAUAGGUAGUGUAUAUUUGUAUCAAAGUCAAUUGUGAGAAAGGUUGCAAAUAAAUUAGAGUCCCAUAUA